AUGGUUCAAAGCAGCCGCGACAAUGUGUCCAGGGAAACAAUUCGAGCGAAGGCCGUGUUGAUGGACGACGUCGUGACAACAGCGAGACUCGAAAGAGACAGCGAGACUCAGAGUACAAGUACGACGCAAGCGUGGCAGUCUGGGCCUGGUCUUAGGCUCGACUACCCGGGCCGCUUGGAGACGAAAGUCGAGACCGCUUUAGCGCCAAACGUGGGUGCUGAACAGUGGGCGCUUGACUCGGGGCGUCCUUUCGGGGAGGAGUUGGGCGACAGGCUGGACGAGUGGAAUCGAUGUGUCGGCAGCGAUCCCACUUAG